AUGCAGAACGAUUCGAAUGCUUCCGAGCUCCGUUCUCCUUCCGGACCUCCAACAUGUACCAUCUGUGGAAGGACCUACUCCAGGAUCGAUCAUCUUGAACGGCACCUACGUUCCCACUAUCAGACCAAACCCUUCUCAUGCUCUGUUUGCAACAAGGCCUUCGCUCGCGUUGAUGCUCUCAAACGCCAUCAAAUCAGUCAUGAUCCAUCGGUAAACAAACGGCAGAAAGUCGAUCAUCUCCCACGUCCUCGUACUGGGCAGGCGUGUCGAGCUUGUGCUGCUGCUAAACUGAAGUGUGAGGACGAGAAACCUUGUGCACGUUGUAGACAGAAAGGCGUCGAUUGUAUCUACAGUCGAGCAUCUACCUCUGCACCACACAGUCGUAACGAUAGCGUCUCUUUCUCUACUCCUGCAACGGACCGAAGUUCAGUUGGUUCACGACUGCUGAGCACCCUUGAUGAUCAAAAUCAGCGUGGUGGCCUUGCUGGGCCACUGCUCGAUUCUCAGACUUCACCAAUGCUUUCCUUUCAGAGUCAGGCUACUGAUCCAGCAUUAUCCAUGCCAGAUUCAUAUCUGAGAUCUCAUGACCUUGGCCAGGCUGAUCAUUCGAUUGCUUCAGACAGCGUCAUGCCCGAGCCGAUUGCAGGGCCAUUCUCACCAGAUUUGAUGAUCGCUGAUAUGUUCGCCGAGUCUUCCUUAGCCGACUUCUUGAACGAGAUCAUGCUACCCCCCGUGCCACCAGCAAACGAUGAACCAGUCUCUAGUGAUACGGCAAAUCAAAGUCGUUUGCAACGAGACUAUCUGGAUUUUGGUACAUCAUGGGUGGACAUGGGUGAUUUCGAGGCCAUGUUGCAGAACACUUAUGCCGACCCAAUCUCAGGUAUCAAUAAUGUAUCGUUCAAUCUUCCUGCCCCGCCAUCCGGCGCCAAAACUCCCAUCUUCGGUGAUAGCUUUGGGGCUAGAAAUGCUGCAUUCUCACGAUCGAUAUGGCGUUGGGUACCAACAAAAAAAGAUCAUGGUGGUGCUGCUCAACUUGAUUUAUCUUUGCCCUCAAUCAAUCUGGAUAGCCCAGAAACAAGAAACCUUGCGGAGACGCUACUCCCAGGCCAGCAUAUCGAGCAAUCACUGCGUGAUAGACUUCUAGCACUCAUACUCGGUACUUGUGACCAAGCUCUUCAUCAACUUGUCGUCACGGCUUUCCCAAGUGCCGACCUCUUGGACAGGCUGAUGCACUUCAGCCUGGGUGUUCACUUUACAGCAAUCGAUUCAUGGAUUCACGUACCUUCUUUAGUGAUUGAGGACAACCUUGAGCUCCUCGUUGUCAUCAUUGCUGCUGGGGCAGUUUUGAGCUCUGUGACGCCAAUCAGACGACUGGGUCAUGCUCUUCAGGAGUCUGCUAGAACAGCAUUUGCAAAUAAGUUUGAAAGUAACAACCAAUGGACCCGUGAUCUGGCAAGUAUUCAAGGAUUGGUCCUUUCCCUGCACAUUGGACUUUGGAGUGGCGAUAAGAGAAAGAUGGAAAUUGCAGAAAGUUUCACCCUGCCUCCCGUCACAAUGCUUCGUCGUGCGAGUCGAUUUUCGCGGAUGAAAAGAAACUUCACACCUCCAACUUUUGAUGAUGCCGAUGAAGCGCUGGACCUCAAAUGGCGUGAAUGGGCUCAGGCGGAGUCCUAUAAACGCCUGGCUGCCCAUCUCCUUAUUCAGGACGCACAAAGUUCCAUGGCCCAGCAAGUGCCACCAUUAUUGUGCGCCUCUGAAAUGACGUUAGAACUCCCAUCAUCUCGAGAAUUGUGGACUGCUGGAAGUGCACGACAGUGGCGAGAUCUUUAUGUCCAUCUUGACGACUCCCUCCCAGAUAAGAGUAUUUCCAUUGCUCAAGGUAUCCCUCAAGUCAGCGAGAUACUGGGCUGUCGUGGCUUAGAUGCAAGCUUGUCUGCCAUGAUAAUAGUGCAUAGUGCAUGGGGAGCUGUGUGGAGUCACCUUCAAUUGAGCUCGAUUGUUCGUGGCCACUCGACGUUCCAAAACCCGACCAACGGUGGCUUCUUAGCUCCCAAUCCAUGGGACAACAGCGUAUCCCAACUUCUCGAACAACUUCGUUUUAUAUUCUCGGAUUGGGGCGACAGAUUCCGACCAGAAAUGGCACUUGUACUUGAGCGUAUUAUCCUAAGUCUACACGUUUCCUUUGAGCAGGUCCAACUCUUCGCUGGUAAAGCAGGUGAAGAGGAGGCCCGUCGGGUCCUACCAGGUCUACGCCAGUGGGUCAGUACCAAAGAUGCUCGCAAGGCGGUUUGGUACGCAGGCCAAGUACUGAGAGCUGCUGCAAAGUGUUCGGCGAAAGUCCUACAACACUUCAACGCACUCUGCGUCUAUCACGCCGGCAUGACAUUUUGGACGUAUGCUGUGCUGAUGGAUGAUUCCUCCAGCCAGCAGAGACUACAAGCCGAUGGUCAACAGCCAUUCUUAUCAAACCCAGCAUCUGAAGACAGUGAGUUGGUAUGGUUGGAUGGACCUGACGGACCCGGCAUACAGAAAUUCAUCGCCUUGAACCGUGGUAAGCCUGUAAUCAGGCAUUUUAAUCAAGGAGAUCACACUGAAGGGGGAAUCGGACCAGCAAUCCCUCUGACCAAUGCCAAAGCCGUCAUGAACGUGUGCAUCGAAUUGUUGCAACGUGGCACAGGCGUCGGAGGUGACGGAACCUCCAUGCCUCUAGUCGAAAAUCUGAGCCAGCUCAUGCGAGACUUGGGCACGGCGGCGCACGAACUCAUCCAAGGCAACGGGAGACGGUCCCGAGGUCAACACCAAUCUGCCAAAGGCCCAGCACCAUCAUGA